UUGUUUACUGUUUUUUAAGUUUUGAGUUUGAUUCUGAUUCUCUAAGAUUAACGUUGAUUAUUGAAAUUGUUAUUUAGUAAUUUUCAAGGGUUUGGGUUUUCUACUUUCCCUAGAAUUGUACAGUUGUGUGCAGCUUCUGCUAUACUAAUAUUUGGAUGACAUUGAAACUUGUUUAUGUAUGUUUGUUAAAAUUGUUACUGAAUUGCUAAUGGUGAUGCUUACUUACAGGUUGCAGUGUCCACUCCUUAAUUUGCCAAGGGCCUGAAUGAGGAAGAGCUGCUUUAGAAACAUGCUUCAAAUUCAAACCUCAACUUGAUCAAAAGCAGCAGCAGCAGCAGUUUUCGCACAUCAGAUGGAAGACAACAAGCUUGCAAAAAGUUGGGGAUAUUGCAAGUAAGCUCCGAAGCGACAAGGUUGCCCCAGACAGAAUUAGACUUCUCAAUCUCAAAAUCCCUCGAUUCCAAUUACGAUUUGUGAGGGUGUUUUAGUUUUGGAGUCUAAGGAGCCUAAACGAAUCAAGCAGUAUCAAUUCAGAGAUGGGUCUUUCAUCACGGACGUAUAUGAACCAGCAAAACAUAAAAGGGCCAGUUGCUAUUCUGUGGGACAUUGAGAAUUGUAGUGUUCCUAGUGAUGUUUGUCCCGAAGAUGUAGCUGGCAACAUAAGAAUGGCAUUGAGAGUUCACCCCAUUAUUCAAGAUGCUGCAAUUACAUUGUUUUCCGCCUAUGGGGAUUUUAGUGCCUUCCCAAAGCGUCUUAGAGAAGGUUGUCAGAGAACUGGUGUAAAACUCGUAGAUGUCCCCAAUGGAAGGAAAGAUGCUGCAGACAAGGCCAUCCUAGUUGACAUGUUUCUCUUUGCACUUGACAACCCUCCACCAUCUACAAUCUUAUUGAUCACUGGGGAUGUUGAUUUCUCUCCUGCUUUGCACAUACUUGGCCAGCGCGGGUAUACUGUUAUUCUUGUUAUCCCUGCUGCUAUGGGUGUAUCAUCUGCCCUAACAAAAGCUGGGAGGUUUGUUUGGGAUUGGCCUAGUGUUGCUCGUGGAGACGGAUUUGUGCCUCCUAAAACUCAAAUAUCACGUGGUUCGUCCCAAGUUGCUGGAUAUGUCAGAGGGUUCCAAAUCAAUGAAAACCCAGACACCCAAAAUGAUGAAGAAACAAUUAUGGAUAGGGGAAUAGCAACACGCAAUGAGUAUGCUGCUCAAACAAAUAUCAACCAGCGGAACUCACAAAAUCACCAUUCAAGAUCAAGAAGUCCCCCAUCUGGUUUGAACGAUGUUCCAGGAAUGCCAGCAAAUGAAGAAGACCAUCCUGGGUACAUAAAUGGUCUUAAAGGUCAGUUGGUGAAAUUACUUGAGCUCUCAGGAGGUUGCCUACCCCUAGUUCGUGUUCCUGCAGAGUAUAGCAAAAGUUUUGGCCGGGAUCUGCCAUUUGGUGUGGCUGAAUAUGGUGUGAGCAAACUUGUCAACCUUCUCAACAAGAUGGUUGAUAUAAUGACGGUUGAAGGGGAGGGAGAGAAGAAGUAUGUUUAUCUCUCUAAUGCCGGCGAAAGACAUGAAAAGGUAGAAAAUAGUAAUCAGUUAGUUGUUUUUCCACAAAAAGACGAGAGAGGUAAGGGAUGUGAAAAGAAGACGGUAGAUACUAACGGAUGCACUACCAAAAAUGAUGAAGAAGCAAGCUCCUACUCAGGGAACUUGCAACCUGGUAUAAUCGAUGUUCCAACGAUGCCUGCAAAUGAAGAAAAGUCAACAGCGUGGGUCCAGCUUCAACAUAGAGACAUAAUUAAUCUUAAAGGUCAGUUGGUGAAGUUACUUGAGCUCUCAGAAGGUUGCCUGCCCCUUGGUCGUGUUCAUGGAGAUUAUCACAAAAUCUUUGGCCAGCAGCUGUGCAUGGCUGAAUAUGGUGUGAGCAAACUUGUCAACCUUCUCAUGAAGAUGUCUGAUAUAAUGACGGUAGAAGGGGAGGGCAACAAGAAGUAUGUCUAUCUCCGAAAAGCCAAUGACAGACACGAAAAGGUAGAAAACAGUAAUCAGUCGACUGUUUUUCCAGAGAAAGACAAGAGUAAGGGAUGUGAAGAGGAGACUGUAGAUACUAGCGUAUGCACUAGCCAAAAUGAUGAAGCAGACUCCUACUCGAGGAAUCCGCAAUCUGGUUUAAGCAAUGUUCUAACGAUGCCUGCAAAUAAAGAAGAGGCCCCUGGGGACAUAAUUAGUCUUAAAGGUCAGUUGGUGAAAUUACUUGAGCUCUCAGAAGGUUGCCUACCCCUAGUUCGUGUUCCUGGAGAUUAUCACAAAAUCUUUGGCCAGCAGUUGUGCAUGGCUGAAUAUGGUGUGAACAAACUUGUCAACCUUCUCAAGAAGAUGUCUGAUACAAUGACGGUAGAAGGGGAGGGUGAAAAGAAGUGUGUAUAUCUCCGUAAAGGUAAUGAGGUAGAAAACAGUAAUCAGUCGACUGUUUUUCCAGAAAAAGACGAGAGGGGUAAUGGAUGUGAAAAGGAGAACGUAGAUGCUAGCGUAUGCACUGCCCAAAGUGAUGAAGCAGACUCCUACUCAAGGAAUCCGCAAUCUGGUUUAAGCGAUGUUCUAGUGAUGCCUGCAAAUAAAGAAGUGGCCCCUGGGGACAUGAUUAGUCUUAAAGGUCAGUUGGUGAAGUUACUCGAGCUCUCAGGAGGUUGCCUAACCCUAUUUCGUAUUUGUGGAGAGUAUAACAAAAUCUUUGGCCAGCAGUUGUGCAUGGCUGAAUACGGCGAGAACAAACUUGUCAACCUUCUUAAGAAGAUGACUGAUACAAUGACGGUAGAAGGGGAAGGCCAAGAGAAGCAUGUCUACCUGCGUAGUGCCAAUGACAGACUUGAAAAGGUAGAUGAUAGUAAUCAAUUAGCUAUUUUUCCAAAAAUUGACGAGAGAAGUAAGGGAUGUCCGAAAGAGACCGUGGAUAUAAAAGUAUGCACUAUCCCAGAAUGCUCCUCUGAUGAGUUCUCAGAUGAUAAUAAGAGUCAUGGUUGGACCAAAUGACAGUCUCAAACAGUUUAAACAGGAAAUACUGGAGCUUCUUGUCAGUUGUUCAUGUAAAAUUCACCUGGAUAGUUUCGAAGAAAUGUACAAACAACGUUACAAGAAGGAUUUAUAUCAUCAAAGUUUUAGUGUGAAUAAUCUAGAGGAGCUGAUAGAUACGCUAUGGGACGAUGUUAAUUUUUAUGAAGAACAAGAAAACAAAAGAAAAUUUCUUGUCCCCAACUUUGCGAAGCUGCGUUUUCAAACAUUUUAAUUUUUAAGGGUCA